CAUUCAUAACUCCUGUCAUAGGGCUUUUAUCAGUCAACGCCUGUAUGAAGCCUUCGCCUACACGGGAACCUGAUCCGGACAAACCUGCUCCGCGUGACUUUUGGUUCAAAGAUUUGAUUGGAAGAAUGGUUGAGUUGGUCUUUCCUCUGCACUGAUUUCAUUUCUUCUGAAUGUGAAGAACGCAAGAAAUCCAUGAAAUUGGACCUCAAAGCAACCAGGUUUUGGAAGAAGGGUACUCUUUGAUCAUAGCUUAACAUGGGCAACAAUGGGAAUUUCUGGGUGUUGUUUGUAUUUCUGUGGCUCUGUUUCCAAGCACAGGCUUCUAAUUCUCAAACCCAGAACUGUAACUCCAAGGACUUGAAAGCAUUGGAGGAUUUCAUGAAGGGCUUGGAAUCAGGGAUUUCUGAGUGGGGAAGUAAUGUUCCUUCUUAUUGCUGUAAUUGGGUUGGUGUCACUUGCUCUUCUUCUACAGAUUCCAGCAGAAGGGUAGUUGGGUUGGAGCUUGGGUUUAGAAGAUUGAAAGGUUCUUUAUCUGAAUCCUUGGCUGGUCUAGAUCAGAUUAGGCUUCUCAAUCUCUCCAACAAUUUGUUCAUAGGUAAACUUACUUCUAAUCUGUUUAAUUUGCAGAACUUAGAAGUCCUUGACUUGAGCAAUAAUGGUUUCUCUGGCUUGCUUCCUCUGGAAAUCGAUCUACCCUCACUUCAACAUCUUGACAUAUCUGAGAAUCUGUUAGAAGGUGCCAUUAAUACUGGUAUCUGUAAGAAAUUAAACCAAGUUCAAAUUCUUAAUCUCUCCAUGAAUCACUUCUUUGGAAAUGUUCCUCUUGGUUUUGGUAAUUGUACUUCAUUACAGUAUCUUUCUCUUAACUCAAAUUAUCUCUCCGGGACUCUGCCCCCGGAUUUAUUUUUGCUAGCAAAAUUGAGAAGAUUGUAUCUUCAGGAUAACAUGAUUUCUGGGUCUCUGAGUGAUGGGAUUCGUAACUUGACAAACCUUCUGGAAUUGGACAUCUCAUCCAAUAACAUCUCUGGAUCGAUCCCAAAUGUUUUUGAUAGUCUUAAACAGCUAGAACGAUUUUCAGUCCAUUCAAAUAAAUUACUUGGUGGUUUACCCAUUUCCCUUUCCAAUACCCCAACCCUCAACUACCUUAAUCUGGGACAGAAUUCUCUUGGUGGUCCACUCAAUCUUAAUUGCUCAGCUAUGGCUUCUCUCACAUCCCUGGAUAUCGGUUCUAACAACUUCCAUGGCCCUAUUUUUGAUGUUCUCUCCUCCUGUAAAAAACUGAGGUCUAUAAAUCUUGCUGCAAACUAUAUUAAUAGCUCAAUCCCUAAGAGCUUCAUGAACCUCAAGGCUCUAUCUUCCCUGUCACUCUCUAACACCAGCCUCCACAAUAUAUCAACCGCUUUUAGGGUUCUACAAAAAUUCCGCAAACUUACAACUCUGGUUCUUUCAGCAAAUUUCUAUAAAGAGGAAUUACCUUCUGAAGGGAGCCUAAAUCUCUGCAGUCUGAAAACCCUUAUAAUUGCAAACUGCGGUCUUACUGGUUCGAUCCCGACAUGGUUGAGUAAGUCCACUAAUUUGCUGCUCUUGGAUCUCUCAUGGAACCAGUUGGGUGGAAUGAUUCCACACUCUUUGGGUGAGCUGAAGUAUCUCUAUUAUUUGGAUUUGUCAAACAACUCCCUUUCUGGAGAAAUGCCUAGAAGCUUGACUACAUUAGACGGCCUCAUCAGUGAAAAUAUCUCAUCUGGACCCUCGCUUGAUUUUCCAUUGUUUAGGACACAUGGACAACAUCCAUGGCUGUACAAACAGAUUGGAAGCUUUCCUCGGACGUUGAACCUGAUGAAUAACAUGCUUACUGGACCUAUUUGGCCUGAGUUUGGAAAACUGAAGAGACUUCAAGUUUUGGAUUUGAGUUUCAACUUUCUCAAUGGAACCAUUCAGAGUGAAUUGUCAAGGAUUAUAUACUUGGAGCAUUUGGAUUUGUCGCAUAAUAAUCUAUCAGGAACUAUACCCGGUUCCUUGGUCAAUCUCAACUUUCUUUCAACAUUUAGUGUUGCUUACAAUCAGUUAUCUGGAAUGAUCCCUACAGGUGGCCAGUUCCUGACCUUCACACUCUCAAGCUUUGAGGGGAACAAGAAUCUUUGUGGUCCAUUAAUAAACUUGUCCUGCUUUUCUGAUAAUGCACCUAUCUUAGAUAGCCAAAAGGCCCGAAAGACAUUUACUUUGUCUGGGCUUCCCUUCGGAGUUGGAGCAGCUGUAGGUUUUGCUCUCAGUGUCACCAUUUGUUACGUAUCAGGUUGGGUCUUCCCCCAGUGAGCAGAGGAAGGUAGGGACAAGCAACAAGUCCAGCGAUGACUGCCAAGACACGAUGUAGCUGGAAACUUGGAAUAUAGCCAAUGAUAGCCUAUGCACAACAAUUGCGUCUGGUCCUUUCAGAACUGAAAUCAUUGUGUGUGGAAUAAUGUAGGAGGGUGGGUUCUGAUGUAAAAUGGAUGCCAUUGACAAGGUCUAUCCAGUUUUAAGACACUUCUAUAUAGUCUUCCCAAGGUGCAGUACAUUCCAGUGUGUAGAGAUGGUUUCAUCGGACAGACUGCUUAAUCAUGUACACAAAUUAUGAUUUUAAGGAUUGAUUUGUCUUUAGUUCUCGUACUUUAUUUUUGUUCUUUUGAAGUCCAUUAAUAUUGAUGUGAAUCAGGUGAAUUUUUUGUGGAUAAGGCU